AUGAAAGCAUUCUGUCUUGGGGAAUCUUCUAUAGAAAUUCCUGUAGCUCCCCUUAACGACUUUCAUCAUGGCAGCGCCGAAUCGUUAACCGGUACGCUUUCUACAUCCUCCGUUGAGUUCUAUCUGAAAAUGGGUACCCUUUACACGGACCUUGUCGGACAUGAGGCCUUUCUUGACCGCUACCUCGAACUACUAAAGCGCGAUCAGCUUGAAGAAACCGUCUCUCUUUCUCCUUUGAAUGAUUCUCUGGCUUAUCUCGUUAAUUUGCAUGCUGUUCAUUUAUCCAAUCAGCCAGUUGCUAACUGUUUUGCUCUCAUGCAAAACUUCGCAUCUGCGGUUUUGGCUUCUUCCGAGGCUAUAUCAAUGCAAGUAGUCACAUUAGCGGUAUUUUCAGAUCAAGUAAGCGUAACAUUAAUUUGGGCUUAA